UCACACAAAUUCGUCAUUUUCCCAAAAAAAAAAGACCCACUGAAAAUGACCCACUUAUUGACAGUAUUUCCCGGUGACUAUCCGGCCAUGGACUGGCCGGAAAGUCCAUGUCCAUGGACGGAAAGUGACGUAUUCCGGCUAUGGAAGCCAUGGCUUUAGCAGAGGGGUCUAUCUGACCUGGAGUCCAUUUUCAAAGGGAGAGAAUAAGUGGAGUUGACUGUAGCUUUAAUCUCCGAUUCUCUUUGUGGAGAGGGAGAGAGAGGAAAGAGAGGGAAAGGGGCUCUCUUGCUCCGCAGGAGCUAAGGUUUGGAUAACGCAGAGAUACGGUUUCGAGGUCCUGUUGUUUCAGGUUGGGAGCUGAUGGUUAUGGGAGUUUUAGGGUUUGAAGUCUUGUUUCAGAUGCUUAUUAAUUAGUUUUCUUGUGGAAGAAUAUGAACUCACCAUCAACUCAGUUUGCAAUUUCAAGAAGCAUGGGCAUGCUUGACCCGAAUUAUCAAUAUAACAUAUGGGAGGAACCCUUUAAAGCCGAACAUAGUCCUAAUUCUGGACAAUCAAUGCUUGAUGAUGCAGAUGUUAAGAUUGAUAUGAGGUCAGAGAAUGUUGUUACACAUGGAAAGAUAGCACUGAUGAAAGGUUCUGAUCAGGCAGCAGUUAAGCCUAGUGAUAAGGUAUUAAGGCGUCUUCACCAAAAUCGAGAGGCUGCUAGGAAAAGUCGCUUGCGUAAAAAGGCCUAUGUUCAGCAACUGGAGUCGAGUCGUUUGAAACUGACCCAAUUGGAGCAGGAGCUUGAGCGAGCUAGACAACAGCUGCAGGGAGUGUACUCUGGGCAUUCUAGUUACCUCGGAGUAGGUGGGGCUGCUAAUACAGGUGCUGCUGCUUUUGAGUUGGAGUAUGCCAACUGGGUUGAAGAGCAAAACAGGCAGCUAGAUGAUCUUAGAACGGCAUUGCAAGCACAUGUAACAGAUCAGGACCUUCGAAAGCAUGUAGACAGUGGCAUGGCACACUAUGACAGUCUUUUCCGUAUGAAAUCAUUUGCUGCAAUGACUGAUGUCUUCUACAUAAUGUCUGGCAUGUGGAAAUCAGGUGCAGAAAGGUCUUUCAUGUGGAUUGGAGGAUAUCGACCUUCGGAGCUUCUAAAGAUACUCCAUCCAAAGCUUCACCCUCUAUCAGAGCAACAACUUGUAGAUGUAUGGAAUCUACAGCAAUCAUCUCAACAAGCUGAAGAUGCUCUUUCCCAAGGCAUGGAGAACCUGAAUCAAACUUUAGCUGCGGCUAUGGCAUCUGAUCCUAUAGGUGCUCCAAAUGUCUCAAAUUAUAUGGGACAAAUGGCUGUAGCAAUGGGGAAAUUGGAGGAUCUUCAGAAUUUUGUGCAUCAGGCUGACAACCUUCGACAACAGACCCUUAAGCAAAUGCAUCGCAUUUUGACUAACCGCCAAGCAGCUCGUGGAUUGCUUGCCCUCGGUGACUAUCUCCAGCGCCUUAGAACCUUGAGUUCCCUUUGGGCCGCUAGACCUCGAGAGCCGGCCUAGUCAACCAAUUUCUUUCACUACCCUGUAGCUCUCUAUUCUGCUACUGCCAGCCACCACUGUCUCUCUCUAAAAACUAAGAGUGAGUGCUCUUAGUAAGUUAUAUCAAGGGCCAGGUCAAUGAAAUGUCUAUCCAUUUGAAAGAGUCAUGUCUAUCAGCUGCGGGUAUUUUUGAAGCAUCUCUGUUUCUGUCUGUCUCUCUGUCUCUCUCUCUCUCUGUCUCUCUCUCUCUCCUCCCCAAGAUUGGAAGGAAGAUGUAAAUAGGUUUUAUAGAUGUCUUCGCAGUGCAGUCUGUCACAGAAAGCAGUCUCUGUAUCAUGCAUAAAUUGUAUAGUUGUAAUCAUAUAGAUUAGCAUGUACUUGUCAUUAGGCCAAUAUGCAGGGGAUGUUGGCAUGUUUGGGAUGUUGGGUUCAUGGAUUCAUGUAAAAUAUGUAACAUUUUUCUUCAUGGUAGCUUAUUUUAGACUCUAGAUCUGGUUUGUAGUAAUACUCUAGAUGAAAAAUUGCAUGGAAUGAAUGCUUAUAUUGUCCUUC